AAAAACGACAACAUCUUGUACAUCUGAUCUGACAUUCCGUGGACAUGCCUCGCCAUACAUCGGCACACAAGCGAAAGCCAUCGACGCCCAGACGCAGAUCUCCCCCUGCAUCACUACCACCGCCGGCAGGGUCAAGAACCCGCCGCCACAGCGGACCAUCCGGAUCAUCGCCGCGCAAGAAACACAAAUUUCGCCCUGGCACCCGAGCACUCAUGGAGAUACGCAAGUAUCAGAAGUCGACCGGUCUUCUGCUGCGCAAGGCUCCGUUUUCACGACUGGUGCGGGAGGUGUGUCAGAUGUUCAGCCGAGAGCACAUGAUGUGGCAAGGAUAUGCUUUAAUGGCUCUACAGGAGGCUGCAGAGGCGUUCAUGGUUCGUCUGUUUUCUGAUGCCAACCUCUGUGCCAUUCACGCCAAGAGAGUGACGUUGUUCCCACGUGACAUACAACUCGCCCGGAGGAUCAGAGGCGUUGAACACAUGUAAAACUGCAUGUCAGGAUUCAAUCAAUUCCUUUCAGUCUUGCUGAUGUAAGGACGCAUUAUAUACUAUAAUUUUUUUAUUAUUACAGGCCUCAAAUCAAAAUGUUAAGAUAGUUGCAUAUGUUCAGUCUAAUAAACCAGAUGUUUGUAUGAAAUUAAAGUGUGCUGGGACACUUUUAAAAAAAUUCUAGUAUUGUAAUAUAAAACAUUUUAUUCUGUGAGGUAAAACUGCAAACAUUGUGUUCCUUUUCAGUUUUUUUAAUAAUAUACCGAUAUGUUGUAAAUAAUCUAGAUGGGAUACAGCUGCGGAUACUCGCGUCAUUACUGUGACGCUACAAUAAUAAAUUACGUCACUGUUAGGGUUAUGCUUUAAAAAAAUACAAUUUGAUGGCUAAUUUAAUAAAACCAGGUGUAAUUACUGUUUUACAUUAAUGUGAGUGUUGGGGGGUAAACGUUAAUAAGGUACAAUCGAUGUGUGAUUUAAUAAUUCAAUAAUUCUCGUUAACUUCCGACUGCAACUGUAUCCCUUCCAGCAAUCCCCGCGAAAAACUUCUCACGUGUGUUGUUGCUGCUGCAAUGGCGACUCGAGGCAAGUCAGCUCGCAAGCGAAAGGCGGAUUCAGACGAAAAAGAAAAGCUUGACGAUGCCAAGAAAGAAAAGCUUGAGGAUAAGGAUGAAGAAACAGGACUGAGGGUGGUCAUCGAGCAUUGUAAGAGCUGACGGGUUUACGGGCGCAACGCGGUCGUCGUGCGGGAAGCUCUUGCAGAUUCGCACCCUGAACUCAAAGUGAUGAUAAACCCGCACAAUCCCCGGAGAAACAGCUUUGAAAUCACGCUGAUGGACGGAGAAAGAGCGGAUGUUUUGUGGUCCGGCAUUAAAAAGGGUCCUCCACGCAAACUCAAGUUCCCUGAGCCUGCUGAAGUGGUGACCGCCCUGAAACAAGCGCUGGAGAAAGAGUAAAUACUGUCUGCUUUCUGUGCUCCUGGACACUGGAUGCAUUUAUGAUGUGAAUGGACUAAUGGGAAAAUCUCCCCGUCUGUUUACUGAUGACCGACUCUGCUGUUCUGGACUGGAAUGCUGACUUUGCCUCGUUUCCUCUGUUAACCAUUGUUCAGUUCUGCUGUCACAUGAUUAGUGUUAAUUUGCCUUUAUAUGUCUUGUGUCUAGUGUUUGUGUCAUUCACCUUUUAACUGUUUGAAUGGCACAAAUAAAGCAACUAUUUCUUGA